ACACCAACCUCUAUAACCGUCACUCUUUCCAACUACCAUUCCUGCGAAGAACACGACGACCGACUGGUACAAUUUUCAGCUUCUCUCCCUGUCUGUUUGUCUCACUCCCUCGCUCCAUGGGCCUUUCUCUUCUGCGACGCCAAGGUUCCUAUUCUCUACCCCCCCAAUCCCUAUGGUUAGGGCCAGGGUUUGGGUUUCAACUUUCAAUUUCGCUCCUCAAAUCUCGGCUGUUCCUCUGAAUCUCUUACUCACUCUAUCUUAACUUCUCUCCGUAUGUAGAAUGGCAGAACCAGAUCAGGGUGCGAAUACAGCUCCCUCUUCUUCUUCUUCUGCUUCUUCUUCUUCGGCGAGGCGUAGGGAGUCUUCAGGCAAUGCGGCGUCGUCUUCGAGCUCGUCUCGAGUUCGCCAAUCGGAAGAUUACCUCGACCAAUACCAACACCAAUUUCCACAUCCAGAGCUAGAGCCUCGAGAAUUUGACGUGCCUUACCGAGGAAACUCAAACCCACUGGCUUUUGAUGACUCAUCGACGGUUAACCGGGACGACACUUGGUCUUGCGUCAUCGUCCUCCUCACCUUCUGGUUCUUCGUAUCAAUGACUCUUAUCCUGGGGGUUUACGGGCCCGUGAAUAUACUUCUUGGCCCUAGUUGCUCCCUUCUUGUGCAACCUAACCCCAUUUUUGUGCAGUAUAUAAAGGUGGAAGAGUUAAAUGAGUCAGCCCCUGGGCCUCUGUUAUACGGGUUCUAUAAAACUCCUCCACUUGAUACUGUUACCACUUGGUCUGAAACUCUUAAUGUCUCAGUUCAAAGUGAUUCUCACCAGGAGUGGAUAUAUUUCCUAAACAAGGGCUCUCAAAUAAAUAUUUCAUAUAGUCUGAACCCCCUAAGCACCUCGGCUUUUCUCAUAAUUGCUGAAGGGAAUGAAGGCCUUGCACAGUGGCUUGAGGAUCCUAACUAUCCUAAUACUACCUUAUCUUGGAACCUCAUUCAUGGAAAUGGGAUGAUUACACAGCACAUAUUCGAGUCUUCUAGUUAUUACGUUGUGGUGGGAAACAUAAACACGGAGGAAGUGGAGAUACAGUUAAACCUUAGAGUAAAGGCUUAUUUGCACAAUACGACAGGAGCUUAUUACAAGUGUACUUUCGCUGAUGGCCCCUGUGGCUUGGACAUUUUGUUUCCCAAUGGAAAUGCUGCUGUCUUAACGUCUCCUAUUCCAGAAGAGGGAAAAUCCAGCGAUGAGUGGUAUGUCAAAUUGUCUUAUGGACCAAGAUGGGCCACGUAUAUUGUUGGCAUAGGUGGAAUGACUGUGCUCAUGUUCUUGGCCUUCAACUACUUAAACAAGUUCCACUUUGUCCAUGAAGAUGGAAGAGAUGUUCAAUAUGGGGAUGUAAGAUCCGAAAGAGCCCCUCUGCUUUCAUUCAAAGAUGAUGAUCUCUCAAGUUGGGGUUCAUCGUAUGAUUCUUUGUCACAUGACGAGGAUGAUAUUGAGGACUUUCUUGCAUUGGGUGCCCCGGAAGGGAAGUCACUGGGAGAUGGUGAAAACAGUAACAAUACCCGACGUCUUUGUGCAAUUUGCUUUGAUGCUCCUAGGGACUGCUUUUUCCUUCCAUGUGGGCACUGUGUGGCUUGUUUUGAAUGCGGAACUAGGAUAGCAGAGGCAGCUGGCACUUGUCCGGUCUGUCGUAGGAACAUGAAGAAGGUGAGAAAGAUUUUCACAGUUUAAGCAACAUAGCUGCUUCUUGUCAGAUGGGCAAGGCCUGGUUGAGUAAUUUGCAAGUGGAUUACUUAUUUACAACCUUGCUUUCAUGCUGAUCUAUGGCAUUCAUAAAGUAAAUUGUGGGGGGGCAUCACUUUAACAAAUUGUAGCUGGGGCAUCCGGUAGCAGCAUUUGAAGGUGGAAGGAAUGACCAUGUCGUGUAUUUUUUUUCCCCCGGUGGACAUUUCCACAAUGUAAUACAAUUUCUUGGUAUAGGAAUCUCACAAUACACGCACUAAAUUCAACGUAAUUGAAAUGCUUUUAUUCCUUUUAGAGGUUA